AUGGCGCGCAAAAGAAAGCUUUCUUCAACUUCUCUCGACGCAAUGGACGGCUCGCGCGAUCUUCCACCCGGCUCCGGCGACGAUCACGCAGGAUACAGAAUCAGCACGACUAUCAAAAGUUUCUUUGAAACCAUUGCUGGUUCGAGUACUGAUUCCACCAGUUCCGUUAUCAAUGGCGCCACAGUACAGUCACGACCUCUGCUGGCCAGAGUGCUUGCCGACGUCGCGUCUCAAGCACCUCGUAUCGGCGAGAACCUCGGACUCCUUGGUUCCUUGGUCGAUACGACGCUGUUCGAUGGCGGCCUUGUCGAUGAUCGUCAGUAUCAAAUGGAGAAGAUUCUCCAAUUGGCAGCUUCGCUGCCUCCCGGGUCCAAGUCUCUAGAUGACUUGACUAACCAAUUCAUCAAGUUGCUCUGGGAGAACUUGGAGCAUCCUCCCCUGUCAUACCAGGGGGACGAGUUCAAAUAUCGCACAGCUGAUGGCUCCAACAACAACAUCAUGUACCCGCAUCUUGGCAAGGCUGGGUCAUCUUACGCGAGGACUGUCACUCCUCAGACACUCAAGCCGGGGGUGCUGCCCGAUCCUGGUGUCAUCUUCGACGCUAUAUUCGCCCGGGGUGAAGAGCCUAGAGAACACCCGAACAAGAUCUCUAGCAUGCUGUUCUACCUUGCAACUAUAAUCAUCCACGACUGUUUCCACACCGAUGAAACUGAUUAUUCCACAGUCAAGACAUCUUCCUAUUUGGACCUUGCGCCUCUUUAUGGAAGUAGCCAGGAAGAGCAGAACCAAAUCAGGACCUUUAAGGAUGGUCUCUUGAAGCCAGAUAGCUUCUGCGAGAAACGCAUUCUCGGCUUUCCGCCAGGCGUUUCUGCCAUUGUUGUUUGCUUCAACCGCUUCCACAACUACGUUGCCAUGCAGCUGAAGGAAAUCAACGAGGGAGGUCGCUUCAAAUUGCCCAAGAACGAGCAAGACACAGCGGCCAUUACUAAGCUCGAUAACGACCUGUUUCAGACGGCCAGACUAGUGACGUGCGGCCUCUACGUCAACAUAAUCUUGAACGACUACGUCCGGACGAUUCUGAAUCUCAAUCGCUCAAACUCGACCUGGACGCUGGAUCCGCGAAAGAACUUUUCCGAUGUAUUUGACAGCGCCGGCAUCCCUUCAGGGGUGGGGAAUCAGGUCAGCGUGGAGUUCAAUUUGGUAUACAGGUGGCACUCGGCCAUUAGCAUCAAAGAUGAGAAAUGGACCAAUGACUUGUAUCAGUCUCUGUUUCCUGGCAGAGAUGUCGCCACAGUCACUGAGUGGGAGCUGUUGCCGAAGCUCAAGAAGUGGCUGGACGACCGCGGCCCUGACCCUGCUCAGUGGGAACUGGACUCGGGCAGGUACAAACGCACACAGCGAGGAACCUUCCGGGAUGAAGAUCUCAUCAAGAUCCUGACCGAAGCCACCGAAGACGUCGCUUGCGCGUUCGGGCCUAGGAACGUACCCCUCGUGAUGAAAUUGAUCGAUGUCUUGGGCAUCCAGCAAGCGCGAGCCUGGAACGUGGCGACGCUCAACGAGUUCCGGAAAUUCUUCAAGCUGGAGCCUCACAAGACCUUUGACGACAUCACCAAGAAUACGGAAGUCGCGCGUUCCUUGAAGGCUCUCUAUGAGCACCCCGACUACGUCGAGCUCUACCCUGGUAUAGUUGCCGAGGACGCAAAGGAUCCAUUGGAGCCUGGAUCCGGUCUAUGUCCCGGAUAUACCAUCUCUCGGACUAUUCUGGCAGACGCCGUCGCCCUGACCAGAGGAGAUCGAUUCUAUACCGUCGACUAUACACCUGCGAACCUGACCAACUGGGGUUGGUCUCAAGUCAAGUCGGACCCCACAGUCGCACAAGGCGGCUGCUUCUACACCUUGCUGAUGCGAGCCCUACCACUUUACUACCGUGGAAAUUCAGUCUAUGCCAUGUUUCCGUUGACCGUGCCUGAAGAGAACCGCAAGAUCUUGACCAAGCUGGGUAAGGAAAAGGACUACAACUUCGACCGACCGACUUACGUCGGGGUACCAACUUCGAUUCGAUCAUGGAAGGCUGUCACAGGCGUUCUCGGGGACAAGGCUUCUUUUGGCGUCCCAUGGGGCCCACACACUUUCUACCUCACUCAUCAAGAUUACAUGCUGAGCGGGGAUAGCGAUGCCAACGCUACACAGCGUGAGGAAGUGAAGGAAGCCCUCUACUGCCCGGUAAACGGUCUUGCACAGGUCCAGAAAUUCUACGAAGACUUGACCACGCAGCUUGUGGUUGCCCGCUCUGAACGACUGCGAGGAGAAUGGUACCAGCUCGACGCCUGCCGCGACAUCGGCAAUCCGUCGCAUGCUAUAUUCGUCGCCCGCAUGUUUCAUUUGCCGCUUAAGAAGCCGGGAGAUUUGAACCCGGUCGGAGUCGAGGUCGAUCAACUCUACCUCGCGUUGUCCAUCGAGUUUGCCUACGUCUUCCUGGAUCUCGAUACCGCAAGCUCUUUCAAAUUGCGCGCUAGUGCAAAGACGGCGAAUGAUCAACUGUCGAAGCUUGUCAAGAUCGUUUGCGAGGCGGUCAAAGUUGGUGGAAUACUCCAUGUCCGCGACCUGUUCUCUGUGGGAACUGCUGGGGAGCUGCUCGGAGACUAUGGGGCCAUGCUUCUGAAGCGCCUCUUCGAAGGAGGCAAGUCUGUUGAGGAGGUUGUAUCGACCAUUAUCCCCACCGCUGCCGCUGCUGUUGCCACCCAGGCUCAACAUUUCAUUCAGAUGUUGGAUGUUUAUUUAUCGGACGAAUACAAGGAGCACUGGCCAGAGAUCCAACGAUGUGCUUGGUCAACGGAUCCUGCUGACUUUGAGAAACUCAAGGGAUAUGCGCUUGAGGCGAAUCGCCUGGCACCGGCGGCGUUUGGGCUGCUUCGCAAGGCCAACGUUGACACUGUCAUCCUUGACAACGGCCGGAAGGUGCCCGUCAAAGCUGGCGACCAACUCUACGUCGACUUCAUCGCGGCCGGCUUGGACGAGAGCGUCUUCCCCGACCCUCACAAGAUUGAUCCCACGCGUAAGCGAGAUCUGUACAUCCACCACGGAUACGGGCCACACGCAUGCCUCGGACGUCCGAUGGUGGAGGUGGCCAUGGCAGCUCAACUGAAGGUAUUUGCGAAGUUGAAGAAUCUCAGACGGGCGCCCGGCCCACAAGGCCAGCUCAAGAAGACGGUGCCGGCGCCCAAUCCUACCAGCAGCGACCCCAAGUCCAACCCAGGUACCGUCGAGGUGUUCAUGUUGGAGGACUGGAGUUCUUGGUACCCCUUUCCAACGACUAUGAAAGUCCACCAUGACGGCCUCUGGAAGGACCAACCGGACCAGCUCGCAGGCGAGACUGGCGUCCCGGGUAUCCAGGAGCAGAUCAUGAACAGCGACAUGGCGGCAGCAAAUGGGCUGAAUGGGGAUCACAUCAUGGAGGACACGGCUUGA